AUGUCCACCCCCAGAAAAAAGCUCAUUUUGAACACCGUCUCCGUUAACCUUGGCUGCGGAACCUGCAGAAGACUAAAGCUCCGUCACAUAUUCCACUCAAAGCCCAAGCCCAAGAACCAAAAGCACAAGCUUUACAAUCACUCUUCUUCAACUGAGGACAGAGACGACACUGCCACGAGCAGCACCACCAACACCUCUGCCACCACAUUCUCUCCUCACUACGACUCCUCGCAGUUGUGUGUGAGAGGGUUCGGAAGAGUUGGAAGCGAAGGCGUGGCUGUGGAGAAAGAUUCCGAUGACCCUUAUGUGGAUUUCAGACAUUCGAUGCUUCAAAUGAUAUUGGAGAAUGAGAUUUACUCUAAGGAUGAUCUUAGAGACCUUCUUAACUGUUUUCUUCAGCUUAAUUCUCCGCAUCAUCAUGGGGUUAUUGUCAAGGCUUUCACUGAGAUCUGGAAUGGGGUCUUCUCUGCUUCCCGUAAGUCACGUGACUUCUAG